UCAUCCUGCCACUAUCCCGGCUGGUGUGGCGACAAUGCGAUCGGCUCCUUUCCCUCCUUGGGGCGAAAGCAGAGAUCCCUAGGAUGGUGGUGAGUUUGGGGGGGUCGCUCUUCCUCCGGGGUGGAACUGCAGCUCUGAGGACUGGCUCGCCCAGUGACUGCUACGCCUUGCAGGAGAGGGGUGUACCGCUCCGGAGAGGGCACUGACAGGCAGGGGUAGGAGGCCCCCCACGAAGGGGGCGUGGGGUGGCCGAGUCCCCUCCCCAGCCUCUCUCUUCCUUCCCGGGCCAGCCCAGCCUCUGGGGCCGCAGAGGGAGGGCUCCCGGCGGGCGUCGUGAAGCAACUCCCCAGGGCUUCCAGCUUCUUCAGCCGCCUCGGUCCCCACGGUGCCCCAGAGGGUGGAGUGACAGCAUCAGUCUGGCUGACCACCGGGGAGACCCUGGCUCCGGCCGGGCUGGGGGACCCCGGCCUUCCCUCAUCAGACCCUCGGGGCGCCGCAGCCCACACCCCUGGCAGAUGAAACCAUGACGCACAAGCUGGAAGGAGGCCAGGGUCUAAGAGACUCAUGGACACUGCACAGACCGGGAAACUGAGGCCCGAGGAAACGGAAUGGUUGGCUCCUGGCCACCCAAGAAGGGACAAGAGGGCACAGAGAGGUUUAGUGGCCCUCGGGGAUCACACAGCCAGCCAGGGCUGAGAUGGCCAUCCACCCUGGUCCCGCUGAUCACCGCCUCCUGGGACUUGUGUGUUCCCCCGGACCCCGCCUCUUCCGGAACCUUCUGCUCUUGCUGUGGACCCUCCUGAGCUGUGGUUUGGGGGUUACUGCUCAGGGUCCGGGGGAGUGGACGCCCUGGGGGUCUUGGAGCAGGUGUUCCAGCUCGUGCGGCCGGGGAGUCUCUGUGCGCAGCCGACGCUGUGUCCGACUUCCCGGAGAGGAACCUUGCUGGGGGGACAGCCAUGAAUACCGCGUGUGCCAGCUGCCAGACUGCCCCCCAGGGGCAAUACCCUUCCGAGACCUGCAGUGUGCUCUCUACAAUGGCCACCCUGUCCUGGGCACCCAGAAGACCUACCAAUGGGUGCCCUUCCACGGGGCACCCAACCUGUGCGACCUCAACUGCCUGGCCGAGGGCCACGCCUUCUACCAUAGCUUCGGCCGCGUGCUGGAUGGCACCCCUUGCACCCCGGGGGCCCAGGGCCUCUGCGUCGCAGGCCGCUGUCUGAGCGCCGGCUGUGACGGGUUGCUGGGCUCGGGCGCCCUCGAGGACCGCUGUGGCCUCUGCGGUGGCGCCAACGACUCGUGCCUGUUCGUGCAGCGCGUGUUCCGCGACGCGGGUGCCUUCGCCGGCUACUGGAACGUGACUCUGAUCCCAGAAGGCGCCAGGCACAUCCGCGUGGCCCAGCGCAGCCACAACCACCUGGCGCUGGUGACCCGCGACGGGCGCUAUGUACUCAACGGCGCCAACGGGGUGCUCAGCCUGCCUGGCACCUAUGAGGCUGCGGGCACCCGCGUGGUCUACACCCGCGGGGCGGGCCCCGAGGAGACUCUGCAGGCGACCGGGCCCACCUCCCAGGAGCUGUUGUUGCAGGUGCUGCUGCGGGAGCCCAAUCCAGGCGUGCACUUCGAGUUCUGGCUGCCCCGGGAGCGCUACGGUCCCUUCCAGGCGCAGGCACAGGCCCUGGGCUGGCCCCUGCGACAGCCUCAGCCUCGGGAGGUGGAGCCGCAGCCUGCCGACACCCCUGUGGUCCCCGAGGCCGUCCCUGCCCGGGUUGCACCCCUGACCCCAGACCCCUGCGGGCCAUGCCCUGACAGCAGGGGUCGUGCACACCGGCUUCUGCAUUACUGCGGCAGCGACUUUGUGUUCCAGGCCCGCGUGCUGGGCCGCCACCGACAGGCCGAGGAGACCCGCUAUGAGGUGCGUGUCCUGCUCAUCUACAAAAACCGCUCACCGCUGCGCACUCGAGAGUAUGUGUGGGCGCCAGGCCCCUGCCCCUGCCCACCACUGGCCCCCCAUCGAGAGUACCUACUGGCUGUCAGGCGGCUGGUCAGCCCCGAUGGCACACAGGACCGGCUCCUGCUGCCCCACGCUGGCUAUGCUCGGCUCUGGAGUCCUGCGGAGGAAAGCCGAGUUCGCCUGGCUGCUCGGCGCUGUCCAGUCUAAACCUGCGGCCGUGCGAGCUCACCAGCUGCUGCUUCUGGUGUCGGGUGACUCAGAAAAAUCUCCCGCCAGGAUAUUUCGAGACAGAUCUCACUGUGUUUGUAACCUUGGCUGGCAUGGAAC